UGCAGGUUCGAUAGCAAGAGGUUUUGUAGAGAUUGCAGAAGAAAUGUUAUACGCGAGUUCAAAGAACUCAAGGAGCUAAAGCGCGUGCGAAGGCAACCACGUUGCUCAAGUUGGUUUUGCGUAGCAGAUACAACCUUCCAGUAUGAGGUCUCGCAUGACACAGUGCAAGCGGAUUGGCACCAAACAUUUUUAGACACGUUUGGGACUUAUAAUCACUUUGAAUGGGCAGUAGGAUCUGGGGAAGGAAAAUCUGAUAUCUUGGAAUUUGAAAAUGUUGGCUUAAGUGAAAGAGUUCAAGUGAACGGUCUAGAUCUUAGUGGUUUGAAUGCAUGUUACAUCACUCUGCGGGCCUGGAAAAUAGAUGGGCGCUGCACUAAACUUUCUGUGAAAGCCCAUGCUUUGAGGGGGCAACAAUGUGUACAUUGCAGGCUCGUGGUUGGUGAUGGUUAUGUUACUAUCACCAGAGGUGAAAGCAUCAAAAGGUUCUUUGAACAUGCUGAGGAGGCCGAAGAAGAAGAGGAUGAUGAUUCCGUGGACAAGGAUGGAAAUGAGCUCGAUGGGGAAUGCUCCCGUCCCCAGAAACACGCAAAGAGUCCUGAGCUUGCUCGAGAAUUUCUUUUAGAUGCUGCAACUAUAAUUUUCAAGGAACAGGCAUGUCUGUCCUCCCUUUUGCUUCUCAUUUGUUAUGCUGUUAAAUUCACACAGAAUAGCUGGCAGGUCCUACUAUAUGAACGUAUUUAUAGCUUCUUGUCUUUGUACCUUUUUGAUGGAAUGAUACUGGAGUAGUAGGAUUCCAUGUUUGUCCAACGUAAAAAACAAUUUAAAUGAUAGUAGCUCCAGAUGCAUUAUAGUGAUUUUUGAUGGUUGAGUUGUCAGAUUCUAGACAAAGAGCCAUAGUUGCUUCUUGAUGCGUGUUGAUACCUUGUCCAACUAUGUCUUCAAAAAUAUGGCAACUUCAUUUUUAUCAUCAACAGAAAUGGUCAUAUUUGAUCUUCUAGUGCUGCAAAGUUUUUUCUGAGAGAGGUAAUAAUGAGAUAAAAUUUGGGUUAAUGCACAUGCAUCUUCAAAUCUUUUAAGACUCGUGUAGCUUUGUCAUUAUUCAAGUGCAUCUCACGCAUUCUAGAGUAAAAAUAGAGUAAUUGACUUAGAAAUACCUAUUUGGAGUUAUAUGCUUUGGCCCCUUUGAGAUCGAUUCUAGAAAUAAUUGGAAGUUGUCGUAAGUGUUUGAUAAACUUAAGAAAAACUGAUUGUAG